GGCUUUCUGCAACCAUACGGUAUGGGCUUGAAGCCUUUCCACGGCUAAACACGAGACACUUCUGACUCUCAUUCACUUAUUUUUUAAUUCUUCUUUUGGCCCAUUCCUCAACUUGUUCUUUUUCUUCACCUUUUUUUCUCUCUGUUACGACCUAUACCCCCGUUGAAAUUGACAUAACCGUCUUUUCUUCUCUCUCGAGAAAAAGCAAAAAGACGUCAUUUACGAUAACUAUCGAUUGCCGAAGCCGAUAAGCGUGCGCGUGCUCCUCGAUCCGAAACAUCACGACAUCUACAACAACAACAAAAAACCACCAACAAUGGUCGCCGACACCCUCGUCUACCACCCCUCGGUGGCUCACUACCUCCGCUUCGUCGCCACCACCGUCGGCCGUGACAAGAUCCUCCGCACGCUCCAGUACUUUGCCCGCUUCUACGCCUGGUACCUCCUGCGCACCAACGGCACGCCCUCGCAAAUGGCCCCCUGGAACGCCAUCAAGAAGCAGUUUGGCCUCGCCCGCAAAAUCAUGCGCGUCGGCAAGAACCUCGAGCACGUAAAGGCCGCCGCCCAGGCCGCCGACGCCAAAACCCUCGAGCCCUUUUUGCGCUACGCCGCCGUCGGCCGCCAGAUUGGCUACGCGGGCUACCUGUCGUUUGACAUGCUGACCGUGGGCGACGCCGCCGGCAUCCGCAAGUGGUCCGCCGCAAAGACGCUGACGCAGCAUGCCUAUCGCUUCUGGGCCAUGGGGCUGGUCUUCAGCGUCGCGGCGCAGCUGUAUACGCUGUACAGGCUGAAGGAGCGCGAGGCCAAGAUUGACCGCAAGGAUGGCGAGGGCGUUGUCGAGAGCAAGCAAAUCCUAAAGGAACGCUUCGCCAGCCGCCUCCAGCUCGUCUCCGACGUCUGCGACUUGACCGUCCCCUUCGCCGCCCUCAACUGGGUCGGCUUCGACGACGGCUUCGUCGGCCUGGCCGGAACAGUCAGCAGUGUAAUCGGCGUUUACUCCCAGUGGAAGAAGACCGCCGCCUAAAAGGCAGUAAUAUGGUGUUUUCAAAAAGAACAUGUCCGAAAGGAAUCACAUUGGGGAAGAAAACCUCCCCUUGAUAUACACAUAUUUGUCGGCUUCAGCAAACAUCCUUUCAUCAAAUACUUUUGGUUUUCUUCCUGGAAAUGAGCGACAUGUUUCCUUGAACUGGUGGAGAUAUACACACAUGUAUAUACAUGUAUGAGCCAAGAGGACGGUUUGUGUAUAAUACUAACAGCGACUACCUCUCGCGUUGUGACGGUCGCCAACGCUGAGCUGCUUGCAAGCAACUCUUUUAAUGCCAUAUUCCUCAUGUUGAUGAUGUUUUCUUGAUUCAUUUCGGUUCUUUGUUUCUUUCAGUUUCUUUCUGUUGCUGUUCGAAUAGCACGUCGUAUAUGGGUUGAGAACGUUUGGAUGCAAAAAUGUUAUGUAUAACUAAGAAAUAAAAAGCAGUAAAUUAAAAAAAAAGCAAAAUCAAUGAACCAUACAUAAAUCCCGUUAAUCGUACAGCCUGACUCUUCUUGCCUCCCAUGUGAUAUCAUGUGUUCCCGGAGAUCCCUUCCAUUCUGUCAAUGGCUGUCCCAUAUUCAUUCUGAUCGUCAAGAGCCUCAUCGUCCGGUGUCCACUCGUAUCGAAAUAGCAAAUAGCAAAGCUGCUCGUUGAUAAGUCCAAACUCCCCAACCUUCCACACUAGAUACAAGUCCCGUAAUACCCAGCCUCUGCAAACCAUACGCCCCAACUUUUCGAAUUGAUAAGUCCGUUUGUGGUAGGUCAUCUAUCACGUUUGGUCAAGGCCAAUUUCGCCAAGAGAGCGAGCGUAUAAUAUAGAAGACGUAUAAAAACAGGCAGUGUGGGAAAGUAGAGCUAUACAGCGUAGGCCCCAAGAGAGAUGAGAGGUGAGAAUAAGGAAGAAUAAAAUUUACCAGUAGCGCCCACCACGAUCGUAGUCUCGCGCAUAUCCUU